AUGAAUAUUUCACUAGCAGAUAAAUUUGAACAGGCGAAGUCCUUGGAUAAUAAUGAGUAUAAAGCAGCGGAAAUUAUCUUGUUAGAAAUUAUAAACUCAGAUAAUUCUGCUGAAGAUACUGCUAAACUUCAAGAAUUAGCAAUCUAUAGAUUGGGUGAGAUCUAUGUAGAUCAGGGAGAAGCAGAGAAGUUGAGACAUCUUUUUGUAUUAAUAAGACCAGUAUUACAAAAUUUACCUAAAGCUCGUACAGCAAAGGUUGUUAGGAGUUUAAUGGACCUAUUAUCAAAGAUACCAAAUUCUGAAAAGUUACUUGAAGAAUUAUGCCUAGAAUGUAUACAAUGGUGUAAUGAAGAGAAGAGAACAUUUUUAAGGCAUCGUAUAACAACUAGAUUGGCAAUGGUAUAUUUGAAUGCUAGAUUAUUUUCCAAAGGCCUAGAAUGUAUAACAGAACUUGUUAAAGAAGUAAAAAAAGUAGAUGAUAAAGUUCUAUUAGUUGAGAUAUAUUUGAUAGAGAGUAAACUACAGUAUAGAAUUAAAGAUUUACCAAAAACAAAAGCAGCUUUAACAGCAGCAAGAACAAAUGCAAAUGCAAUCCAUUGUCCACCAUUACUCCAAGCUGACAUAGAUUUACAAUCAGGGAUAGUCUUGGCAGAUGAAAAAGAUUAUGCAACAUCAUUUUCAUACUUUUAUGAAGCAUUUGAAGCAUUUAAUAUUGGUGGCGAUUCUAGAGCACCUCAAGCUUUGAAAUAUAUGAUGUUGGCAAAAAUAAUGUCAGAUCAGCCUGAUAAUAUUUCGGUCAUAAUAACUGCGAAGAAUACUAUUAAAUUCCAAGGACGUGAUAUUGAAGCACUAAAAAUGGUAGCAAGAUGUAGACAACAACGUUCACUGAAGAUGUUUGAAGAUGUCCUCUUGACAUAUGACAAGGAGUUAUCUGAAGAUUUAAUUAUCAAGAAACAUAUUGAUGAACUAUAUGAAAGCCUAUUAGAGCAAAAUAUACAAAGAAUAUUGGAAGCAUAUUCUCAAAUAGAAAUAUCACAAUUGGCACAAUUUUUAGAAUUACCGAUAGAUAGAAUUCAUAAUAAAUUAACUGAAAUGAUACUGGACAAAACUAUAUACGGAAAUAUUGAUCAAAGAAAGGGUAUAUUGAGAUUAGUAGAUAGAUCUUCUUCUAAACCAUUGUUUGACGAUAUAUUGAUGACACUUACUAAUUUGUCAGAUGUUGUGGAUGCACUGUAUGAAAAAGCAGCUAAAGUAUUAUGA